AAUGGGAAGCGUGCGAGACAGUGGCAAAGCGAGUUACGGUCUACAUUGAAAUCGGCGGCUGCACCAUGCUCUCCAGGUCUAUCCCGUGUCUGUGGAUUACAUUUUUCCUGCAUUUAUGCUGUUGUGUAGACAGCGCGGAAGCACAGAAUGCGAAGGAAGUGAUUCUGCUGGACUCCAAGGCACAGCAGACAGAACUGGAGUGGAUCUCCUAUCCUCCCAAUGGGUGGGAAGAAAUCAGCGGCUUGGAUGAGAACUAUACACCAAUUCGCACCUACCAGGUUUGCCAAGUCAUGGAGCCUAAUCAGAAUAACUGGCUUCGGACUAACUGGAUAGAGAAGGGCGAUGCUCAGAGAAUUUUUGUGGAACUGAAGUUCACCUUGAGGGAUUGUAACAGCCUGCCUGGUGUGGUGGGCACUUGCAAGGAGACGUUCAACUUGUAUUACCAGGAAACAGAUUCGGAGGUGGGCAGGAGCUUACGGGAGAACCAGUACGUGAAAAUUGACACAAUUGCUGCAGAUGAAAGCUUCACUCAGGGUGACCUGGGCGAGAGGAAGAUGAAGCUGAAUACAGAAGUGCGCAUAAUUGGCCCCCUGUCCAGACGGGGCUUCUACCUAGCCUUCCAGGAUGUAGGGGCUUGUAUCGCCCUGGUAUCUGUUAAAGUUUAUUACAAGAAGUGUUGGUCUAUCAUUGAGAACCUGGCCAUGUUCCCUGACACUGUGACAGGAUCAGAGUUUUCCUCGCUUGUUGAAGUGGAAGGCGUGUGCGUGAGCGAUGCUGAGGAGGAGGCCGACAACUCUCCCAAGAUGCACUGCAGUGCCGAGGGGGAAUGGCUUGUGCCUAUUGGAAAAUGUAUAUGCAAAGCUGGAUUUCAUCAGAAGGGAGAUGCAUGUGAACCAUGCGGUCGUGGUUUCUACAAGUCUUCCUCCCAGGACCUCCAGUGCUCUCGUUGUCCAGUGCACAGCUUCAACGACCGCGAAGGCUCCUGGCGCUGCGACUGCGAGGACGGUUACUACCGAGCACUCGCUGACCCUCCGCCUGUGGCCUGCACAAGACCUCCCUCGGCGCCACAGAACCUGGUCUACAACAUCAACCAGACCACUGUUAGCCUGGAGUGGAGCCCACCAGCCGACACGGGCGGCCGCAACGAUGUCAGCUACAGGGUUAUAUGCCGGCGCUGCAGCUGGGAACCCGAGGAGUGUGUUCCGUGUGGGCCAAAUGUGGGAUACUCUCCUGCACAGUCAGGAUUAGUGGACACUUGUGUGACCAUCAUGGACCUGCUUGCCCACGCCAACUACACUUUUGAGGUUGAGGCUGUCAAUGGAGUGUCGGACCUAAGCCGCACACAGAGGCUGUUUGCGGCAGUUAGCAUCGCUACUGGUCAAGCAGCUCCCUCCCAGGUCAGCGAGGUCAUCAAGGAGAAAGUGCAACAGCGCAGCAUCCAGCUGUCCUGGCAAGAACCCCAGCAACCCAACGGUGUCAUCACAGAAUAUGAAAUCAAAUACUAUGAAAAAGAUCAGAAGGACCGGAUCUACUCCACGGUGAGGUCUAAGUCCACAUCAGCCACAGUAAACAACCUGAAGCCCAGCACGGCCUAUGUGUUCCAGAUCAGGGCCUUCACAGAGGCAGGAUAUGGGACUUAUGGCCCCAGACUGGAGAUAACCACCAAGGAAGAGGCAACAGCUGCGAUUGUCUCCAGCGAGCAGAACCCCGUCAUCAUCAUAGCGGUGGUGGCUGUGGCGGGGACCAUCAUCCUGGUGUUCAUGGUGUUCGGCUUCAUCAUCGGGAGAAGGCACUGCGGGUACAGCAAAGCGGAUCAGGAGGGAGAUGAGGAACUCUACUUCCAGUUUAAAUUUCCAGGCACCAAAACCUACAUUGACCCUGAAACAUACGAGGACCCAAACAGGGCUGUCCAUCAAUUUGCCAAGGAGCUGGAUGCCUCCUGCAUUAAAAUCGAGCGGGUUAUUGGAGCAGGAGAGUUUGGGGAGGUGUGCAGUGGCCGGCUAAAGCUGCCCGGAAAACGGGACGUUUCCGUUGCGAUCAAGACGUUAAAAGUGGGCUACACGGAGAAGCAGAGGUGGGACUUCCUAUGCGAGGCCAGCAUUAUGGGACAGUUUGACCAUCCCAAUGUUGUUCAUUUGGAAGGAGUUGUGACAAGAGGAAAACCAGUCAUGAUUGUCAUUGAGUACAUGGAGAACGGCUCAUUAGAUGCUUUCCUCAGAAAACACGAUGGUCAAUUCACAGUCAUCCAGUUGGUGGGGAUGCUGCGGGGCAUAGCAGCAGGAAUGAGAUAUCUUUCUGAUAUGGGAUACGUCCAUCGAGAUCUGGCUGCGCGAAACAUCCUUGUCAACAGCAAUCUCGUAUGUAAAGUGUCUGACUUCGGGCUGUCAAGGGUGAUAGACGAUGAUCCGGAGGCUGUCUAUACAACAACUGGUGGCAAAAUACCUGUCCGGUGGACUGCACCAGAAGCCAUCCAGUAUCGUAAAUUCACCUCUGCAAGUGACGUGUGGAGUUAUGGUAUCGUCAUGUGGGAGGUCAUGUCCUACGGGGAACGACCUUACUGGGACAUGUCCAAUCAAGAUGUCAUAAAGGCGAUAGAGGAGGGCUACCGUCUUCCAGCCCCCAUGGACUGUCCACCAGGCCUGCAUCAGCUAAUGCUGGACUGCUGGCAGAAAGACAGAGGCGAACGCCCCAAAUUUGAUCAGAUAGUUGGCAUCCUUGAUAAGAUGAUUCGUAACCCUAACACCUUGAAAACCCCAAUGGGCACGUGUACAAGACCAAUUAGUCCACUGUUAGAUCAGAACACCCCAGACUUCACCGCUUUCCGCUCAGUGGGAGAGUGGCUGGAAGCCAUCAAGAUGGAACGAUAUAGAGACAACUUCACAGCAGCUGGCUACAGUUCCCUGGAAUCUGUGGCCAGGAUGUCAAUCGAGGACGUGAUGAGCUUGGGAAUCACUCUGGUGGGCCAUCAGAAAAAGAUCAUGAGCAGCAUACAGACUAUGAGAGCCCAGAUGCUACAUCUCCAUGGCACAGGUGUCCAGGUGUGACUGGAACGGGCCACCUCGGGCUGGCCGAAAACAAAAACAGAACUUAUCUGGAGCAGCGCCUGGGAUGUGACCAGUAUAUUCGUCAAAGUAAACAGACAUCUGUUAUGUCUGACUCUUCCGGCUGUGUCCGGAGUGAUAUCAUUCCUUUGUUCCUCAGUGAAGGAUUGUGGUCCGCAUCUUCAAAGGGCACUAAAGAGAGGAAAAGGGCAAAAAAAACAGCAACAAAAAAAGAAACUACCUGGACGAGACUUACUUUUUUCUUUCUUUUUUUAAGAAGCGCUUACAAACUCAACCACAUAUCAAAUGGCACAUUGGAAAGGAGUUUGACGCUUAUGUUUCUUGAACUUUAGCUGAACGAUUUAAGUGCACACCAUGGCUAUGGAUUUUCUGCAAAAAGAACAAAAACAUCUUGUCUACUUGCAAUGGUUUCACUUCUUUCUUUUUCUAAGUUGUUCAUUUUCUUUGUAUCUGCCACAGUGACAUGUUGUUGCGCAUGCAGCAAAUCUUUUUGGUCUUCUAUUUGGACUUGACAACAGGGUAAACUCUCUUUUAUCCAAAACAGAGGGAACUUUUUAGGUGCAGAUUCCAAGGUAUUUCUUGUGCGGAGACAUGCUGGACUGUUUGAACUGUUUGCAGUGAUUCGUGUUUUCAUGAUAUACUCACAUGCUUGUUUGCAGCCUACCAGAGUGAGUUUUUGACGUGGUUUCAACAUUUCAAAUUUUUUUAUUAAGGAAUUUUCCGAAGGGUGCAACAUUGAGGAGACGCAAGACGUGAACUGUUCUUGGAAUCACCAGACUUUUAUAUCAGAGUAGCAAUAUCCUAUGUCUUAGUGUUCACUAAAAGAAACACAGAAACCGUUACUUGGUUAUUGAGUAGAAUGUUUUAGCACUGGUGAAAGAUUGUAUUGAAACUGGUGCCGCCGCAUAUUGUCUUGCCAUCAUUUUGCCUAAAAUUUUGCACACAGGUUGGUGCAUUGUUCAGCUGCAAAUACAACUUUUAGGGUGGAUCCAAGAAAGGUGUAGACGUAAUACUGCCUUAAAAUAUGUUAGAUUAAGUAUUGCCACUCUUUUAGGCACUUCAGUGGCAAUGCUUUCUGCGGUUCAUUAUGAGGGUGGACAAGCUCCCUAUUUUUUUUUUUCUUUUUAUCUGGAACUUGAACCGGUGAAAUCAAGUUCACGAACAUGGUUUAACGCCACGGGUGACACAGUCAGCAAAGGAGAGAUGAACUAAACAGAGCAAUAAUAACCAGGUCGAAAUGGUCCUCACUUGAGAUUUAUAAGGUGCUAGGUAUGAACAUGUGUGUGCUGUGCUGAGACAAACCCUUUGGAAAGAUUUAGUCACCGCUGGAAAGGAAAGGAAUGUACCUCUUUGACCUAAAAACAGUUUGGAAGGUGCUCAGAAAAACUGCCGUGCCAAGUUAUCAAAUGAAAUAAUCAUGUUGUAUUUUACCAUUAUGAUAUGCUAAACCUAUAAUGGAACUCUAACUUGGCAUGGAAAUGUUGAACUUGAACUGGUUGCUGAUAUGAGAGAGGCAACAUUCGAAACACUAGAAAGGUGCCAAUUAGCCUUGCUGACAUCAUCUUCUGACACCAACUCGCCACCCAGAAAUCAAAGAGCCCCUUCAGAGUUUGGGUAUGAAAAUGCAGGCCCAAACGAUGAAGCCUCUGUCAUACGCAGAUCAUGCUGUUAAUUCCAUCGUCCCGGCUCUGUAGGCAGCCAUGCAGCUCCCUUCUUUAUUCAUGAAUCUCCGCUGCUCAUCACUCACAGGCAUAGAUGGAACCUGCAUUCAAGUGUCUCUUAAGAUUGCUACUCUUUUUGUCCAUACGGCUUUGUAUGGAGAACAGAAAGGAGGGGGCUUUGCAGAAGAUGUCCUAAAAGCCAAUCAACCUAUUUGGUGCCAUCUGUCUCUAUUUCAAAAGCAGUAUGUUUUAGUUCAGUAUUCUUUGAUAAGACAAUACUGUUAUUCAGCUGUCAUGUAAAGAGGAGUGGUGUUCACAGAAGAAAACCAUUACAACUUCUUUUAUUGCUCCUGUAACCUGAGAUAUAAAUCUAUAUUUUGAAUGAUAGUCAUUUUUCUUAAAGUUUUGCAUAGAAUGCAAUAGACAAAACAUCAGCAAUCAACCUUGAGCUCAGUAACAAGCAGUAACUCAUUCUCUCCAUUGUCUCAUAGACUACGUCCAUAUUAAGUCAGCUAUAUUUUAAAACUAAAACACUGAGCCUUUCAUAAACACUCUUCAAAGUGGGUAAAACUGAAAAAGUCUGCUUGAUGUUUUAGUGUAAUGGAGGUUUUGGAAAACAAUCACCUGUCUUUGUGGUGAAGUUAAAAAAAAAAAAAAAACGAAAAAAAACCAUGUCAUUGUCGCCUCUAGCCCUCUUAAUGGCUUAUUUCAAACGUUAAUUACACAGUACAGGUAUUGUCAUUUACAUGUUUUUAUAUUUAUUUUGUGAGAUGACAAAGUAAAGAUAAAAUAAAUGUUUGAUUAGUGUAGUAAGUACAGUAAUGGUUAUUUUCAUAGUCAGUCCCCCAAAUAUUUACUCCAUUAAUAAAAUAAUUGUUAGGGCCCUGAAGUGACAGCAAACAAUGAAAAAUGUCUUCAAAUUACUUUUUCGGCUAACCAAUCAUCCAAAACUUAAAGCUACUUAGUCUAUAAUAAGUAAUGACAGGAUAAUAGGAGAAUAUGAAAAACGGCAAAUAUUUACUUUAUAUAGCUCAAAUGAAUAACUAUCAAAAGUUGUUCAUCAUCUAAUCAAAUUAGUGACAAAUUGUUUCAGCUCUAGAUUUGGACAGCACAGGAAUAUUGGUUUCCCUAGUUAACAGGUAAUAAUAAUGAGCCAAUAUCAGAUCAAUAUUUAAUUCUUGUUGUGUUUUCUGACAACACAAACAAAAAUAUGUAACUGAAAACGGCUAUCUCAUAAAUCUGUAUGGUAGACGUGAUCACGGAGAUUUGACUAGCAGGGACUUAGCAGAGUACCCGGUCUAUGUCAUCAUCAGACUGUGAUAUUUCUUCUCCCUCACCAUCGAUCAUUGGUAGAGUUCAGGCCCCAGUUCGCAGAGAGAACAUUAAAUACAAAAACAAAAAAUGUAAUUUUAGCCAGCCAUGCAGUGUCACGGCUGGCUAAAAUUGGAAAAUUCUUUUUUCUUCUUCACUACUUAACAACAACAAGAGAUAAAAGGUUUGAUAAGGGAUUUUUUAGAGCUCAGCAAAUCUGGAUAUUUUGACAACCAGGACCAGUGUUUUGUGCCCAAUUGGAUUCUUUUUUUAUUUAAAUAGGAAGGUAAAAAUUAUAUUGGACAGGUUGUAAUAAUUUUGGCAAACUUUUUCUACCACUCAACCAAUCAAAAUCUAGGCUAUAUUUCAGUAAAUCGGUCCCUCUUUUCAUCCAAGCAGUAUGAUUGAGAUUGAGAGGGCAAUGAGUUCAACAGGCUCACUGUGACACACAAUGUUUGAUAACUGAUGACCUACAAAUCAAAUUUAGUUUAUGACAACUCAAUUCAAACUUUUUUUUCCUAUUCUAAUGAUUAUUCUGUCACAGCUCUGUGAUAAAAGAAUUGUUAGGGGUCCAAGCACAGCACAUGCUGGAACCUUCUAGGAACCGUAAGGAUUAUUAUUCUUAAAUAUGGACGGUUUCACAACGUUUUUUGAAUGGGGACCCACCCUCUCUGAUCCUGGGAUUUUCAUCCAUUUUAAGUUAAGUUUUCACAGGUUUCACGUUUGAUUUAAUCUUCACACGAAAGGUCUAAACUGAGCCGCACAAAAGUUAUCACUUUUUAUUUUGAUUCUCCGCACUGUUUUGGAGUUAUAUAUUUUUGAAAUGAUGUUGUUGAAGUCAAUUUCACAUAAACACUGAUAAAUCGAAUCUGGUUUAAGCUAUUAUAACCAAAUUUGGUGUGCACGCUUGGAUGCUAGGUCCCAGCUUUGUUGCACAGUCUUGGUUCAUUCAGCCUCUAAGGGAGUACAAAAAAUUCAAAAAGUUUAUAUCUCACCAUUGACCACUCAAUUUUUUCUGAAACUAAGAUGACAUGAUCUAUGGUCAUGUCUCAGUCUGAAUAUGAACUUUGGUUUUCGAUUGAUCAAAAUGGGUGGGAUUUAUAUGCGCAAAAUCGAACAGUUAGCUAUACAGCGCUUGAAGUUUCGAACAAAUUGUCAAAUAUCACCAGAAGGUCAUAGAGACUUCAUUUUUUUUGACACACAUCUUGUAAUAUGUGAUGAAAUUUUGCUUCACUGCAACAAAUGAUCAUUUACAAAGACCCUCACUCUACUUUUUAGCAUAAUCAAGUAUGCAAAUUUGGUAUUUUCUACCAAAAUUGAGUCACAGGUUGGAAAUCUGGAAAUGAAAAGUUUUAAAUUCUAUUUAAAAUUCAUGACAUAGUGACAAAAAAUGUUUUAGCAUAAUCUGUACUGUACAACAUGUCCUAACUUGCCAAAUGGGUAAUCAUUUUUUUGGUGAAUUUGGUAAAUAUUUAAACUUACACGGCAUUAAGUCUCAUAGAACCUCCAUUGUAUUUAACGUUAGGGUUGUUGAAAACAAAAUAUGACCAGUUUACUUGCAAAGUUGAUAUUAUUGGGGUAAAGGUGCUGACUAUGAACCACAAGGUCCCAAAUUCAAAUGCAAAGGGGGGACCUGUGCUGAAUGUCACUUCUCCACUCUAUCCCUUGACUUCCGCUGUUGUUGACUGGGUGUUAAAGACGUAAGAGACUGAACACCACCGCAAUAAUUCACAAUGUUUUUCAGGUCAUUGGGUUAAUCACUCUCUUUGACUUCAAUGCAGUACUUUACUGAUUGUAUGUAGAACUCAGUUAAUGUUCAGUGUCCAUUGCUGUUAGUGUAAGCUGUCUUGACUUGAUGGUGUAGUGAUAUGGACACAUGACCUGUGACAACAAGGUGACUGGUAGGAAUCCAGCUCCGCGACUUUGGCGUGUUCAUCUUGUUGUUUCCGUCCGUUGUGAACUAUAUUCAUACACAUGCUGACUCUAUUCUCUAUGUGUAUAUGUCAAACAUAGUGCUGGGAUCCUAUAUUUAAAAGCUUAACUACGUUCAUGAGGGUGUAUGUAUACACAAAAAUGCUUUCCUGAGUGGAAAUUUGAAAACUGGAGUCCUCUGAUGAUUGGGCAGGUUCUAGGCUCUGAAUGGGCUACUUUUUUUCAGUCCACUCUGGCAUCACUGACCGGGAACCAUAUUCAAAACGGAACCAGCUAUCAGAAUAAUGCAAAGUUUUUUUGUUCGUCAACCAAAAUAGGUCCAAAAACCUUCCAGCUGUUCUGUUGUUCAGGUGUUUUAGAGUGAAUGGAGAACACUACUAAAAUGACCUAAACAUGCUAGGAUGCACAUCUGUAAACUUUAAACUCUGUUUUCAGAAUGAUCCAGCUUAUUGUGGAUGUACGCUGAGAUCCAUUUUCACUGUGGGACUCACCCUGACCAGCUGUAAGCCCCCAUGUCACACACCCUCCCUUAUCCAUACAGCAAAGCUCAGGUCUUGGCCCAACCUUUGAAUUGAAUAAAAAAAGUAAUUCAGUCAGCACAAAACUCCCCAGUUCACAGGCAGCACUCUGUCAGACCCCCCCACCACCGCUCUGAUUUUAAAACCAGGUCCCUGGAGGCCCCUUACACUCUAAGGUAGAAUGCCUUUUCCUCUGCUGGGGAAACAGCACUUUGGGCCAAAUUGAGAUUAAGUUCGGAAUAAACACAUCUCAACAUCCAAAUCACCUGUAACCUUCACCAACGAAGUUGCUUUACCGUCUGUUUCAGCUUGUUUCAUCCGCAUUCUGCAGUUGAGGUUGCUCAGCUUUGGCCAAAAAAAGUUUUGCUGGGGUUCUAUUUCAGCAAAAACACAAAUGAAUUGAAAAAAAAAACAAAACAAAAAACAGAAACCUGCAGGAUGUAGAGGGUUGGUUGGAAUCAGGAAUAGCAGAUUAAGUAUGACGUUAUUUUUCAAAUCUUGUGGUACAGCCGUUGGAAAUUAAUUUCACUGCUUUUGCGAGGUGGUGGAUGAUUCCAAAGAGUGCAGCACUGUUGAUUGUGUCAAAAAGAGUCGAAAUUUGAGGGAAUCUUUGUGUAUGUUCUAAUUGUAAAACUUGUACAUUUUAUUUAUAUUGUUUUUUUUACACAUAUUACUCAGUAGAGAGCUCUGAAUACAUUGAAAAUGCACUAUAUUUUUAUAUCUCGCAGAUGAAAUAUUGUCACAUACAAGAUUUCAGUUGUACAUAAUUUCUCAUUUAGGACCAAAGACAGUUGAUAGGAUCGCCAUCUUAACUUCGACUUUGUCUUUAUUUUGCCUUUUAGUUUGUUGUACAGUAAUACAAAUUGUCAAUUUAUUAUUUAUUUUUCUGUGAUGAAAGUAUUGAGAAUAUUCACUGGUUAAAAGUAUUUUCCCCAACAGAAGAAGAUCAUUUAAUUAGACAAUUUCUUGUUACAUAGACAAUUCUUUUUGCUUUGUAACCUUUGUAAU